UGCUAUUCACAUUUACGUCUGGUCUCAUCUCGUCUGGUUUGUCUCCGACGCAACAUCGGAGUCUGAAUUGGACCACAGGGGAACGAAACAGUUUGUCAGCACCGUGGUGUGAAGUUAUCGUUGGUGAUUAUUAUAAUAUAUAGCAAAGAUGAAAGUCACUUUGGCAUUAGCGACUUUCUGCCUGGUGGCGGCCUGUGCCGAUGCACAAAAGGGCAGAACCACAACAACCACAGCGACCAAGCCGGGCCGCUUCCUCUCCCUGCCCGUGCCCGCCAAGUGCGCCAGCCGCCCAAAGGAGUUCUCCUAUCGCGGCAAAAACAUGUUCCUAAGCACCCACGUGCCGGCUCUUGCCAACAGGAAGGUCGACUGGUUGGAUGGUCGUAAUCUGUGCCGCGAAUACUGCAUGGAUCUGGUCGCCUUGGAGACCCAAGAGAAGAACAAUCUGAUCUUCCGUGUGAUCCAGCAAAAUGAUGUGCCCUACAUCUGGACAGCUGGUCGCAUUUGCGAUUUCGCUGGCUGUGAGAACCGUCCCGAUCUGGAGCCCAAGCAUGUUUAUGGUUGGUUCUGGUCCGCAACCCGCGAGAAGAUCCAGGCCACCAACCGCAUUCCACAGGGUUGGGGCUACAAUCCCUGGUCGCAGACCGGUCACAAGAAGCGCCCACAGCCCGACAACGCCGAGUACGACAUCAACCAGACCAAGGAACAGUGUCUGUCGGUGCUGAACAAUGUCUACAACGAUGGCAUCGCAUGGCACGAUGUUGCCUGCUAUCACGAGAAGCCCGUCAUCUGCGAGGAUAAUGAGGAGCUGCUCCGCUAUGUGGCGGCCACAAAUCCCGGCAUUCGUCUAUAAGUUUCAGAAGAUGUAAUGCUUCGUAUUGUUUGUGUAAUUUUAAAACUACUUUAUUAUAAUACUCCCUAAAUGAGUUUUUGUAUAAUUUUGUUUAAUGUGUACGACGAAUGCAAGACAAAUAGACUUUAGAAUUUAUAUAAUUCCCCCGAUCUUACCACCUAUACACCACCACUAGGCAUACUCCAGAAAAUGCCGAAUUCCAAAAUUUAAAAAAUUCUAUUCUUUCUAAACUGCCACGAAACUUUACACGUUGUAAACUUUUCGACUACAAAACACACACGAAUCGUAUUUAUAUAAACAAAUCUAAAAUUGUUAAGUACUAGUAUUCACUGGAAUUUCGCCCUGCUCUUGAAAUCUCUUCAGCACAAUUCUAUUGCCGCCCAAAACAAAGAGAUUUAAUAAAAUGUAAAAAUCCAUAAAAAAAAA